CUGAUACAGUCUGGUCAUCCGGAAUCACGUGAGCUGUGUGCAGAAAGUGAUGAAAACAGGAGAAAACAGAGCCUUGGAGAAACGAAAGUGAGCAACAGGCCGUCCCCGCCCCGUCAACCGCUGUCAGGAACCCGGAAGAGAGCACCUGUUCUCUGCGUCUCGGUAGUGCGUUUAGUCUGCGGAAGAUCAAUAAUACUGCUUAGAAAGCCUAACGAGAGCCAUGAUGAACGUCGAGGAUGAGGGGGUCUCCAACGUGGACCUGGGAGACGACAAGGAGGAAUUGGUCUCCACCUUAGAACUGGGAUCCAAUGAGAAGGAAGGGGUCUCCAGCCUUCAACUGGGAGAAGUCAAGGAGGAAGGAGUCUCCACCGUGGAUCUGGGAUCCAAUAAGGAGGAAGGAGUCUCCAGCCUUCACCUGGGAGAGCCGAUCUCGCCUGAAUCCCCUUCGGUUGAUGAAGGUUACCAGCCCGGCUCGCCCUCCAUGGGGAGCCCGGAGGACGAGGAAGCUCCUCCCAACAGCACCCCCGUAUCUGGCCCGCCGCUCCAGGCCCAGGCUGCUGGGAACCGUUGGGUGUCCGCCCUGGACCAGUUCAAGAUGAAGAGGUUCUUUGUGUUGAGGCCCGGCACCCUGACCCAGGCCAUCGAGGACAUCACGGCCCUGGUGGACAAAGACCAAGAUGGCGCCGUCCAGGGCCUGUGGCUCAUGGCAGAGGUAGACCACUGGAACAACGAACGGGAGCGUGUGGUGGUCCUGACAGACAGAACCCUUCUGGUCUGCAAGUACGACUUUGUGAUGCUGAACUGUGAGAGGAUCCACCGUAUCCCUCUGAACUGCAUAGACCGGAUCUCCCACGGAGACUUCAGCUUCCCCAAACACUCCCUCCUCACGAGAGAGGGCGACGGCGUGCGCGUGUUCUGGGACCGCCUGCGGGAGCCGUCCUUCGCCUCGCGGUGGAACCCCUUCACCGUCGACUAUCCCUACAUGACCUUCACCGACCACCCCGUGAGGGCCACCAACGACAAGUUCUCCACACUCUGCGACGUCCAGGACUUCCGUGUGCAGCUGAAGGCGGGGGCGGAGAAGGCCCUCUUAGAGAAGCCGGUUCCUGGCAAGGCCAACGGGGUCCUGCUCCUCAACCAGCCCCUCCUCAUCGAGGCCUACGUGGGCCUCAUGGCCAUGGUCGGCAACCAGAACAAACUAGGCUACUGCCUUGCUCGUGGACACAUUGGCUUAUGAGCACCCCCGCAAAACGUCCCUUCCUGACGUACCUUCUGUUCGCUUUUCUUUCGCUUUUGUUUUCGUGCAGUUUGGUGUCGUAGCGGUCACUCGUCAUCGACAGAAGUUUACUAUCGCUUAGGUUUGUCGAGCCUCUCCUGUCUUUAGUGGCUGUGACUGAAAUGUAUUUAUAUAAAGAAGAAGAGCUAAGUGGCUUUGCCGUUAUUUAGAUUGAUUCAUAGAGCGUGCCGUUAUGUACACUGCUUUGGAGUCAAGAUUGAAAUCACUACAGGCGAUUUCACCUACAGGUGGGGUGGUGGGUUUGAAGUAAGAGUUGUUAAGUCGGCGAGCUGAUGGGAGGAGGCCGAUGUUGAGAAACCACCCGCCAUUUCUUUCAUCUUGGGAGAUGGUAAACCAACUCUCUUCAUUCCGGCGUCAUGUGUCAUAUCCUCUCUCUCCCUUUCAACCUCCUGUCCGUCCUCCGCGUCCAUGAAGGAACACAAAGUUACUGUUCAACAAAUAAACUCCCACUGUUCGACUUCUCUGUGGUGUUCACAUGUACUGUGUCCAUAUCAGUCACUUUGUUCAUUUGUUUUGCAUUGUUUAAAUCGUUUUGAGGUCAUUUCCAGUUGGUUCUCCAGGUUGCAAAAAGGGAAUGUAAACCCUUGUUAUGUGAGGUUUUGUUAUUUGUCUCUUCUGAAGGAUGGCUAUCUUUGUCCCUGUCAACCUAAAUCAUUAAAUUACUAUUAUUUCAGUAGAUGUGUCUAAAUUAGUGUAUUAACAGUACACAGUGCAUAUCUAGCCCCAGCUACAAAGUCUUCAUUGGACUCCCCCUGCACUGUUGGCUGUAAAUUUCCAUGCAACAUCUUUUCCUUAAACUUGGCUGCCAACCAUAAUAAUAAACACGUCAGUCCUUUAACGUCA